AUGAUAGAAGAUAUAACUCCAUCACAUCCCAAUUUUGAUCGAUCUGGUUUAACAGACAUUCAAUUCAUCGAACAAUUGAUGUUCGAAAUCAGGGAAUUGAAAUCAACCAUCGAAAGGAAAGAUCUAUUAAUUAAAAGUUUACAAGGCAAUUUAAAUGUUGAUCAUUCUAUUAGCCAUAAGAAAUCAUGGGAUAGAUUAUCUGACAAGAAAGCUGAAUCCAAUUCUGAAGAAAGAUCUUUGAAGGAGAAAGAAGCCAAGGAUUUGAAGGAAAAGAAAGAGAGAGAAGCCAAAGAAUUAUUAUUGAAAGAGAAACAAGCAAAAGAAGCUAGAGCGAGGGAAGCUAAGGAGAAGGAAGCUAAGGAGAAGGAAGAAAAGGAAAAAGAAGCAAAAGAAAAGGAAGUAAAAGAGAAACAAGCCAGAGAAAAGGAAGCUCAAGAGAAGGAAGCUAGAGAAAGAGAAUUAAGAGAAAAGGAAGCUCUCGAAUUAAAGGAAAGAGAAGCAAGAGAUCAAGAAGCGAAGGAAAAUGAGAUCAAAGCACAAGAAACUAGAUCAAAGAUUCAACCACAAGAAGAAAUCCCAGAAGAAUUACAGGUAGUUCCUCAAAGAUCAUCCAGAAGAAAAAAACUUGAAGAUAACCAGGAUAAAGAAGCUAAUAAAUUGAAUAAAAUCGAAGAAAGUUCUCAUCAAACUAUCCCAGGGAGAGAAGAAUCUGAAGAAUCAGUUUCAAACAGAUCUUCAGUAUAUUCAGAUGAAAAGAUGGAUACUCAAGAUAAUACCAAUACAACCAUUGAGGUAUCGAUCAAUUCAACUUUGGAUGAUACUGAUAUCGAGAAUGAAUCAAAAUCAGUAUUGACAACUUUGAAAACCAAUGAGACCUUAAUGAUGCACAAAAAUCCAAGUAAUAGUAGUUUCCAAUCAUACAAAUCUAGAAUAAAGUUACCAGUUCAUCUUCAAUCUCAACAAGAUUUCCAUGACAAUACAUCCACAGUUUCUUCACAUGCAUCGGAAGCUAAAUCAAUUGAAGCUUUGAGUAGAAAUAAUUCUCAUCAUAAUGAUAGUGUGUUAAGUCCACAAACAUCCCGUCAAAAUUUAUCUCCUCAAUCAUCAAGAGUUAACAAUCAUCCAUCAUCAAGUGAGGCUUUCAAAAGAGCAUCUUCACCAACUCCUUCAAAUAUCCAAACUCCCCCUUUACCUUCAGAUCCUCCAAAAAUUCCUUUACCUGUAUCACCUGACGAUGCUAAAAGUAUUCUCUCACCAAAAGGCUUAACUCAUAGUAGAACUUUGAAAGAUCUUAAUAUUAAUAACUUAACAUUACCAGGUAAUAAUUAUCCUAGUAAUAAUUCCAAUUCCACAAUCAAUACCAGUAAUAAUAAUUUAAACACCUUGAGAUCACCAGCGGUCGUACAUCAAGAUUAUGACAUACCUAUACCUCAGACUCCUGAAGGCUUUUAUAACAAGGAUAUUAAUGAAUCAAUAAGUAACAUAUCUUCACCAGCACAAACCAAUUAUUCCCAAUCACCAGCACAUUUCAAUCAAGGAUUCUAUGAUGAUUCUAUAAGAACGCCAAUAACCAAUGAUUUCUCUCAAGAUUCAUUCAAACGUGAACCAAGUAAUUAUAGUGGAUCCCAUUCAAAUUUGAAUCCUUCCAGUUAUUCCCAAAAUCAACCCAAUCAGCCAUAUUCUAAUAAUAAUAGAUCAAAUAUGUCAUUUAAUGACGAUGAAAGUUUAUUCAUCAAACCUGAAGAUUUCCAGACAAUUACCAUUAAUAUUAUAAGUACCAUAAGCGUAGGGAACAUUCAACAUCAAAUGAAAAAAUUAGAUGACGUUUACAUCACUAUUAGUGUGAAUGAUAGACAAAGUGGUAAGGAGAUGUGGAGAAUCAGGAAAAGUUAUCCACAAUUGGUUGCUUUUGAUAAUGAAAUUAGACCUGUGGUAGAAUAUUUUGGAUUACCAGUUUUACCUGAUAAAUCCUUAUUUUUUUCAACAACUCCUAAUAAAAUCGAUUUAAGAAAAAAUGGAUUACAAAAUUAUUUCAACACAUUAUUUGUGAUGCCCCAUAUACCUCAUUUAAUUUUGUUCAGAAUUUGUAAAUAUUUAUCAUUAGAUUUUGUUAAUCCUUUAGAUGAUUUCAAAAGUGGAUCAAGAAAGGAAGGAUAUUUAGUGAGAAAGUAUAAAGGUUUGGGUACUAAUUGGAAAGUUAGAUGGUGUCAAGUUGAUGGACCAAUGUUGGAAAUUUACGAUUUCCCAGGAGGUAAUCUAGUUGAGUCCAUCAAUUUGGUUAAUUGUCAAAUAGGCAGACAAAGUAAUGAUACAAUUGCUGAAGAUAAAGGAUAUCGUCAUGCAUUCUUAAUCAUGGAAACGGUUAAGAGCAAAUUAUCAUCAUCAAUGCCCAAACAUUUCUUUUGUGCUGAAAGUGAUGAAGAAAGAGAUGAUUGGGUUGAAAUUUUGAUUGAUUCUACGAAUAAUGAUACUAGUAGUAACGCAAGUAUUGUUGAAGACAGUAAAAGUUUCAAUGGGUCAGUUGAUAAAAAUCUCGAUAAGAGUUUCGCUAGUAAUGAAUCUAAAUAUGAUGAAGAGAUGUUGAAAUCACCUGGAGAUGAUAGAAAAGUAUCAAAGAAAAGAAGUAUUUUCCCAUUCAGAAAGAAUAACAAUUCUAAUAACAAUAUUGCUAGUAAUCAAAUAUUUGAUGCCACUAAUAUUGUUGAUUCUGAAUUAAAUAACACUAUUACGUCACCUCAACAUAGUGAAGAGAUCCAACAUUAUUUAGAUAAAAUGGGACUUGAUGAUACUUCAACGAAAUCAAUCUUUGGUAGAGAAUUGAGUAAAGUUUAUGAAAUUUCACAUCAUGAAUUUUUAGGUAAACAAAUACCGUCAAUCAUAUACCGAUGUGUUGAAUUUUUACUCAGAACUGGAGCCAUCUUUGAAGAAGGGAUCUUCAGAUUAAGUGGAUCAGCUUCAAUGAUAAGACAAUUAAAAGAUUCAUAUAAUAAGAACUUUGAUAUUGACUUAUUUGCUUGUGAGUUGAAACCCGAUAUUCAUACAGUUGCCGGAUUAUUCAAAACUUAUUUGAGAGAGUUACCUCAACCUAUAAUUACAGAGAAGCUUAUGAAUGAAUUGCGUCAUAUAAUUAUGAAUAGAGGAGGUAAUAGUAAUAAUAGUGCUACGGCAUUAAUUCUCAAAGAAUAUAUCAAGAGAUUAGAUAAAAUUCAUUAUGAUACCACAUUUAUAAUCAUCAAAUUCUUGAAAGAAAUCAUCAAUAAUUGUAAUGUUAACAAGAUGAAUUUAAGAAAUGUUUGUAUCGUUUUCGUACCAACAUUAAAUAUUUCUUUAGAUAUUUUAAGUUUAUUAUUGAUUGAUUUCCAUUGUAUUUUUGAAAAUCAAGAUCCAGUUCCUGAUAACCAAAGGGAAAUCAUUGAAUUGAACAUCCCUAACUUUUAA